GGAGCAGGAGAGCCCGGGGCUUCGGCAGGCAGAGCAGGCCUCUCCCCUCCGUCCUCGUCGUCCUCGUCCUCGUCGUCCUCGUCCUCCUCCUCCUCCUCCUCCGUGGUGGUAGUGGUGGGACUCCCCCCGGCUGCUGCCCCUUCCGCCGCCGCUGCCGUCCCCCACCGAAGUAGCGGCCACAGCCUGGUCACCGGCACUAUCAUGCAGGCCAACGGGGCAGGAGGAGGAGGAGGAGGUGGUGGCGGCGGCGGUGGAGGAGGAGGGGGCGGCGGGGGCCAGGGACAGACCCAGGAACUCGCCUGCCUGUCGGCCCAGAACGGGGAGUCGUCCCCCUCGUCGUCGUCGUCCGCGGGGGACAUGGCCCACGCCAAUGGGCUCCUGCCUUCCGCCCCCUCCGCCGCCAGCAACAAUAGCAACAGCCUGAAUGUCAAUAACGGGGUCCCCGGCGGGGCGGCCGCCGCAGCCUCCGCCACCGUCGCAGCUGCCUCUGCCACCACCGCCGCCUCCUCUUCCUUGGCCACCCCAGAACUGGGCAGCAUCCUCAAGAAGAAGAAGCGGCUCUCGCAGUCAGAUGAGGAUGUGAUUAGGCUAAUAGGACAGCACUUGAAUGGCUUAGGGCUCAACCAGACUGUUGAUCUCCUCAUGCAAGAGUCAGGAUGUCGUUUAGAACAUCCUUCUGCUACCAAAUUCCGAAAUCAUGUCAUGGAAGGAGACUGGGAUAAGGCAGAAAAUGACCUGAAUGAACUAAAGCCUUUAGUGCAUUCUCCUCAUGCUAUUGUGGUAAGAGGCGCACUUGAAAUCUCUCAAACGUUGUUGGGAAUAAUUGUGAGGAUGAAGUUUUUGCUGCUGCAGCAGAAGUACCUGGAAUACCUGGAGGAUGGCAAGGUCCUGGAGGCACUUCAAGUUCUACGCUGUGAAUUGACGCCACUGAAAUACAAUACAGAGCGCAUUCAUGUUCUUAGUGGGUAUCUGAUGUGUAGCCAUGCAGAAGACCUACGUGCAAAAGCAGAAUGGGAGGGCAAAGGGACAGCUUCCCGAUCCAAACUAUUGGACAAACUUCAGACCUAUUUACCGCCAUCAGUGAUGCUUCCCCCACGGCGUUUACAGACUCUCCUGCGGCAGGCUGUGGAACUACAGAGGGAUCGGUGCCUCUAUCACAAUACCAAGCUUGAUAAUAGUCUAGAUUCUGUGUCUCUGCUUAUAGAUCAUGUUUGUAGUAGGAGGCAGUUCCCAUGUUAUACUCAGCAGAUACUUACGGAGCAUUGUAAUGAAGUGUGGUUUUGUAAAUUUUCUAACGACGGCACUAAACUAGCAACAGGAUCAAAAGACACAACAGUCAUCAUAUGGCAAGUUGAUCCGGAUACUCACCUGCUAAAACUGCUUAAAACGUUAGAAGGACACGCGUAUGGUGUUUCUUAUAUUGCCUGGAGUCCAGAUGACAACUAUCUUGUUGCUUGUGGCCCAGAUGACUGCUCUGAGCUUUGGCUUUGGAAUGUUCAAACGGGAGAGCUAAGGACAAAAAUGAGCCAGUCUCAUGAAGACAGUUUAACAAGUGUAGCUUGGAAUCCAGAUGGGAAACGCUUUGUAACUGGAGGUCAGCGUGGGCAGUUCUAUCAGUGUGAUUUAGAUGGUAAUCUCCUUGACUCCUGGGAAGGGGUGAGAGUGCAAUGCCUUUGGUGCUUGAGUGACGGGAAGACUGUUCUGGCAUCAGAUACACACCAGCGGAUUCGGGGAUAUAACUUCGAGGACCUUACAGAUAGGAACAUAGUACAAGAAGAUCAUCCUAUUAUGUCAUUUACUAUUUCAAAAAAUGGCCGAUUAGCUUUGUUAAAUGUAGCAACUCAGGGAGUUCAUUUAUGGGACUUGCAAGACAGAGUUUUAGUAAGAAAAUAUCAAGGUGUCACGCAAGGGUUUUAUACAAUUCAUUCGUGUUUUGGAGGCCAUAACGAAGACUUCAUCGCUAGUGGCAGUGAAGAUCACAAGGUUUACAUCUGGCACAAACGGAGUGAGCUGCCAAUCGCAGAGCUGACAGGGCACACGCGUACAGUAAACUGUGUGAGCUGGAACCCACAGAUUCCCUCCAUGAUGGCCAGCGCCUCAGAUGAUGGCACUGUUAGAAUAUGGGGACCAGCACCUUUUAUAGACCACCAGAAUAUUGAAGAGGAAUGCAGUAGCAUGGAUAGUUGAUGGCGAAUUUGGAGCAGACGACUUCUGUUUAACUUAAAAUUAGUCGUAUUUUAAUGGCUUGGGAUUUGGUGCAAACAAACAUGAUUGAUAGCUGGACAGACAUGCUCGUCAUGAAAAAAGAACCAUUUCUGAAGCCCGAUUGGGGCCAAACAUUUACACCUUGCUUCAUAGUAACCAGUUGAGAUGAAGCACGUCGUUAGAACGUUGUUGGACACCAUGUUGAAUUAUCCCCCCAUCGGUUGUGAAGAACUGUGCUACAUUCAGGCUUACCCAUUGAACUCAGUAUAUAUAUUUUUUUCCCUCCUGCCUUUUGUCUGGCAGGAUACCAUUCUUGUUGCUCUUCUGUGUAAUGAAGUUUAAAUGCUUGUUUGGAAAACUUUAUUUAACAGUUUAGAAGGCUCGAUAGAGUGCAUUAGUCCGAAGAGUAUACAUUGGAUAGGAAAGAAUUUCCUUCUUUUGUUUCUCCAAAUCUUUCCGCCUUAUUUAGCUUGAGAUCUUUGCAGCUUGGUUCAUGGAUUCUAGCCUUGCCCGUUGCGCAGUAUAUACUGAUCCAGAUGGUAAACCAGUGAACUAUGUCAGAAGCACUCUCAAUAUUACAUUUGACAAAAAGUUUUGUACUUUUCACAUAGCUUGUUGCCCCGUAAAAGGGUUAACAGCACAAUUUUUUAAAAAUAAAUUAAGAAGUAUUUAUAGGAUUAAAGUGACUUCAUUUGUAUACAUUUGGAAUCUAAACCAGCUUAAAAACAGUUUCCUCUGUGACUUAGAUACGCAGUGUAACUGAUACUCUUCCGGAGUACCAUGAGACACGGUCAGAAACAGUGCUUGGAGGGACAUUACACAGAACGUGAAGAGUAAUACUUUGAAGGUUUCCCCCCUUUUGUUUUAUUCCUAAAGAAAUAUCAGUACCUUGAUCUUGAAGAAAUUCAAGCUUUUAAAAGAAUUUUAAAUAAAUCCAAUAUGAGAGCUCAGUCAUCAGUUGAGGUUUUCAAGAAAGCUUGUUCCAAGUUGUUCUCAACUUGGGACAUCGUUUUGGUGUGAUCUAGCAAGAGAGUAGAAAUCAGCAGACAUGACCACUUUGGAAGUUCAUAAUGUACUUGUUAGGAAAAUACAGCAGGGUAUAAACAUACUGGAACUGGGUUUAAAACCUCACAGUGAAUCAUUUCCCUUAAUUGCCCUUAAUAUUUUGACAUAUAGGAGACAUAAAUUUAAAGAAUAUUUCUUCUCAGUUUUUCAGAUAUUGCCAUACUGAACCUCAUUCUAAACUGGUGCUGUGGGUAGUCUUUCCCUCUCCCCUCUCCUUUUAGUAUAAGGAAAGGUUUCCUUCAUGGAAAAGCACUUAUGAUGUUGAAAAUUUCACAUUUAAAAUAAGCCAAAAGCCUGAUGUUCACAUUGUGCUUUUAAACCCUCUAACAGCUGAAUACAACACACUUAGUCUCCGUUGAAAUGCCCUCCCUUUUCAAUAGGGAUAAAUACGGUGACCGCAGCUGUUAUGGUAGGAAGGAGUGCGGAUACCCCCAAAAUACGAUUCUGGUGAAGAACAGGUCUUAUACUGAGUUCCCCUUUAGGCCCAUCCAAGUUGUAUCAUUACUAUAAGUAGACGCCCUCAGGAUCCACGAAGAGAAGGCGUGGGUGUCAGGAGUUCUCCCUCUGUUGGGGGUGGGGUAGAGGGGGUGGCAACAGGGAGGAAGGGGAAAUCAGGGAAGGGGAGAAGAAAGAAAAACAAUUGGCCUUAAAAUAUCAUGGAUUCUCCGAGAAACUCAUAGAGAAAAAUGACGGAUAUUGUGGUCAGCAGAUUAUUUUAUCAAAUUGGUAUGUAAAAGAUUUCUUUAAGCUCCAUUUUGCAGAGACCACCGCUUAGAGAAUCAAAGAAUUCCUGUUUUGAUACUUCCGAGUUAAAGUAUAUGUUACAGUUUAUCUGGUACUUCAUUUUUCGUAACUAAAAUUACUUUUUACUUUAAGCUUGAAUAAAAAUCUUCAUUGGUAACUGUAUAUAAUUAAGUGGCAACUUCUCUUUACCUCAGUACAGUUAAAACCAGUCAUCUUUUAAGUGAGUCAUGUACUAUACCCUGAAGCCAUUAAUACACCCCAGUCUCUACGGUAACAUCACUAACAAAAUGUGGGCAUAGGAACUCCACAGCUGUUGGUUACAGUGUGCGAUGGGUACAUUGUAACAUUCACUGAGAUCUGUGCCCAUUCAGGGCAAUUGGCACUCAGAUCCUACUGUGUGCUUCACCCAGCCACCCCUAGAUCUGAGUAUAGUUAAAAACACUUGAAGAAAGUGGAGUACAUGUGAGUCACAUUUUACAAGAACAUAACUCCAUUAAAACGGAGUAACAACUAUGCAAAGGUUUCUAUAGCAGCUAGGUGAGUUUGCUUUCCAGGUCUGUCUUAACUGGCAGCUUCUAUAUACACUGGUUUGCUGUGCCAACUUGCUGUAAACAUCUGUUUCAUACAUCUGCCAUGCAGUGACUGUGCUAGAAAGGUGAAAUAAACGGUGAAGAAACCUAGGACUUCAUGGUACAAAGAACCUGAUGGCAGGAUUUUCUAAUCCAUAGCUAGUAACCGAAAACUUCUGAGAUUGCUACCGACUCUAACGUAGGCAUAAGGGAAGAAGCAAAGUGAGAAUACUGUCAAGCCAGCCACAAGAUACUAACAAAUGUAGAAAUUGAAAAGUACCAAUACUUUUUGCACAUAGAUCAAAAUAAAGUGGAGAUUUUUGGCUCCAAAAAAUCAGGUUAGUAGGUUCAUUUCCAUGUGCUUAAAAAUGUUUUUGUUGUUUUUUUCAUUGAUGAAGGGCUAGAGCAAGCAUAAAAUUAAAUGUCUUUUUCCUCCAAAUAAUUGGUGGUUAAUGGCAAAAUACUGGAUUUGGAGUUGCUAAGAUUGGUGUGUGGGUGGUGAUAAAGAAUUAGAGUGGGAAAUUAGUUGGGAGGGAUGCCAAAGCUUCAUUUUUUAUUUUUUGUAUUAAUAUUCAUGCCAGCUACAUUUCUGUUGCUCUUAUUGGGCAGAUAAAUAAGUUAUGUUAAACCAGGUAAGUAGUUUAAACAGGAAAUUUUGUUAAAGUCCCUACAAAUUGGCCCGUUUUAGUGGGUGGGAGAACAAAAAGGUAUUCCCUAACUGGAAAUACAAACUAAGUGAUCAAAAUAACCUGCUAGUUGAAAGAAAGAUCCAAUUUUGUCAAUAUUUUCUUAAUCUGAAAUCACACAAGUAGUAAGUAAUGAUGGUGAUUAUUGUUACGAGUGCUCUGCCUCUAGUGGCGUUCCAUGACAUUAAUAGAAAAUCCUUCUUUCCCACCCCUCCCCAUCUUGAAAUUUUCUUUUUUAGGAUGUUGGUUCCUGCAAACAAGAACUGACCCUAUCACCUCUGCCUCACAGUGGGUAAAUGUAUCGCACAUCUCUUGAAAGGGACAUGUCCAUGUCAGUUUCUUUACAGCAGAAGAAUGGCUGCUUUUGAAUGGGAAGGAAAGAAGACAAUUUUUCUUAAUAUCCUUUUUGUCCCAAAUCAAAAAUAUAUAAAUACCUUGAAUGGGUUUUACUUCCUCAUUUAGACUUAAGCAACUCUCCUUUUGGGUUGCUCUCCAAAACGUUAUUUCCAUUUCAGAAACCAUAUCUGAUUUAACAUAAACUAACUAUAGAAGAAGAGGUGAAUUUGCAUUUACACUUAGACACUUUCUAAAAACAGGGUGAACUUAAUUGAAAUUUUUCAGUGUUGUUAAGCUAUUGUUAUAGUAGCUGCCCUAUAGUUGGAAAAACAAAAACUUAUAAAAACCCAUCCCCUAUCUCCUUAAUCCAGAUAGCCUGGAUUCAGUGAAACUGAUAGUAUAAAAGUGUGUGUCUGUGUGCGCGUGUGUGUUGUGUGUCUGUGUGGGAGAGAGAGACUUUUUUAAUAAAAAGUCCUGGAAACAGCUGUUCUAGGUUUUGUCGAUUUUACUAAAAUCUUUAAAAGUCUCGUGCACAUGUGCAGUGCCCUCUGGCUGGAAGAUGUGGUUAACACUGGUAUAUUUUUGUAAGAUUGAAGUUGUCUCCCCACUUUUAACGCAAACAUUUUCAUUAUCAGGGUCAGUUUGCUAGAACUGAAUCAUAACAUUUUUAGGCACAGAUGGAAAAAAAUGUUACUGGCUCCUUGAAAAUUGUGUGUGUGUGGCGCGGGGAAUGGAUCCACAAAAGCAUGUAUGUACUUACAAACCAAGCUGUAGAGAUCAAGAAAAGAACUGAAGUGUUGAUCUCAAGAUUUCUAAAUUAUCAAAAGAUAUACAUGGAGUUGUGGUGGAACUAGUUAACACUUAGAGCUUUUGGAAUGUAAUGACUGUUUGCUAUGGACUGACUGAUUAAGUGUUUCAAAGGAUUGUGUUCUUAAAUUUGGGGGGGUUUUGGGUUUUGUUUUUUUGUGUUGCUUUUUUUUUUUUUUUAACUUCCUCUCAGAUUAUAUUUAGUAGUUUAAAUUUCUUUGCUAUAUUAUUUCAUUAAAGCAUAAAAACUUCAGGUCUCUGAUAUUUAUUUUCACUUGUUCUAAUUAUUUACAAAACACUCUUUGUUAACUUUUAUUUUAUAAAUUUGUAGUAUAUUAAACGUCUUUAAAAUACUGUUCAAUUGAAACUACGUUUACUUUGAUUUGCUUUCCUGGGAUUUUUUUUUUUUUUUAACACACCUUUUCCAUGUCAGUGCGAAGCACUUAACCAGUCGUUUGUAUUCCCUUUCUUUCAAUCCAAUAAACAGAAUGAAUA